UCGUGUCACGUAAUUUUUUGAGGCUAUAAAAGUUUGUGAAAUUGCAAUAAUGCGUCAGAACUGAUUCAUAAUUGUUCAUUGCAAAGCUAACUAUUUUCUUCUCUGUUCGCUAAGUGAUAACUACGUGUUGCAACAAAACAAAUUCGGACGCAAUGGAGUUUCCAAAUCUCGGGGAGCACUGUUCGGAGCAAUCUUGUAAUCGUCUCGACUUUCUCCCUUUGCGAUGUGACGCCUGCAAAUCAACUUUCUGCACCGAUCACAUAUCGUAUCUUCACCAUUCCUGUCACAGCGCCUACAAAAAAGACGUCCAGGUUCCCGUCUGUCCUCUCUGCAACGCUCCAAUUCCUUCAAAACGGGGUGACCCUCCCGACCUUGCGGUCAAUCAACACAUGGACAACGACUGUCAAAUCCAAAAGGACCGACGAAAAGUCUUCAUCAACAAAUGUUCCCAGAAGGGCUGCAAAAUCAAGGAAAUUGUCCGUGUCAACUGUACAGAAUGCUCUCAAAAUUACUGCCUUAAGCACCGUCAUCCCACGGAUCAUACCUGUCCUGGAAAAGAAGCAGCAAUCAGGGCGAAAAGGCUGAACGCUUUGAAUUCCCAGGGCCAGAAUAAAAACUCAGCAGCAACCAAUGGAAACAGUAUCUGGAGUUUGAAAAAUCUCCAGGGACAAAUGAGUGAAGAUGAGGCACUUGCGAGAGCUCUUCAGGCUUCUUUACAAGAUGAGGAGAGAACUCGGAGGCAAGGACUUCAACCUGUGCCGUCCAGCAGUAGAGACAGAUGUAGUCUUUCCUGAGAUAAUCAAUCUUCGACAAGAUAUUACCUGCAGGGUGUCUAUCUGGCCGGGAAAUCGAGAAAACCGGGAAUUUUCUUCACCGGGAAUGGGGUUUCAUAUAUUUUAUUACUCUAAUACUGAGUUGAAAUUUGUGAAGAAACGCAAGUACAAAUUUGUGAAAUAGGGAAAAAAUCGUUAACAGGACAGAGAAUUUUUCACAAGGUUUAUAAUUCUGAGCUGGGAGGGGGAAUUUCAGCAAAGAAUUAGAAUUUGGACAAUUGGGAGAGCGAAUUCUCGCAAUGAAUUGUAAUUUUGACUUUAGGACAGGGAGUUUCUGUAAAAAAUUUGCGAUAAACAAGGUUAUGUGCACGAAGUUCGGCAUCUAAAAUAGUUUUUCGUGUUCUUUUGAUUGGUCUUUAAGGCCGGAAAAACCUCUUUAUCGAAAAUUGAUUGAUAAUAAUCGUCGAAAGAAGGAGAAACAAUUUGAAGGUUAGACUUUAAAUUUAGUUUUGGUUCAUAAAAUUAUCAUUUGACUGAAAACAGGGAUUUUUUUACAUAAAACGGCAAUUUUUGAACAGAUCUUUAAUUCUCAUUCAGCAGAAAGGAAUUUACAAGAUCCCCAUUGAGUUUAGAAUUAUAAUAUCUUCACCAAAUUUUGAAUUCCAAAUCAGAAAUAUGAUUGUUAUAUGUUUCAACACAGAAUUAUAAUUCCUUUUAAAAAUUCGCUGUCAGAAUUUGUCAAAUUUCGAAAAUUUUUUAUUUCAAAUGAGAUUUAAAAAAAAUUUAAUUCUGUUUUUUGCAUAAAAAUAUUUACCAGAAUUUGAAAUUACCCCCUUCCAAAUUUUAGAAAAAGGGAGUUACUAUAUUUCUGAAUUAUUUUAGAAAAGAUUGUAAAUAAAUAUAAUUUUGUCUUGGAACAGGGAUUUUUUGGAAAUAAAUUUAAUUGUAACUUGGAAGACGGGAUGUCCGUAGAGAAUUAUCAUUUAUAAUUUUAGAACAGGGAACUUCUGAAAAUAAUAUUAUUUGAGUUGGAAAACGGAAUGUUUGAAAAAACCUAUUAUUUGAGUUGGAACAGGGAAUUUUGGACAUGGAACGGGAAUUUUGAAAAAUAUCUUUGAUUUUGAUUUAGCAGAAAGGAAUUAAAAAAAUCUCCGUUUGAGUUUAGAAUCAUAAUACACUUACAAUAUUCUCAAUUCCAAAUCAAAAGUGCGAUUCUUAUAUAUUUCAACUCAGAAUUAUAAUUCUUUUUAAAAAAUCGCUGUCAGAAUUCGUCAAAUUUUAAAAAUGUCUUGUUCCAAAUGAGAUUUUUAAAAUUCAAAAAUUCUGUUUUUUUUUUGGAAAUAAAUAUUUACUGAAAUUUGAAAUUACUUCCUCCUAAAUUUUAUAAAAAGGGAGUUACUAUAUUUCUGGAUUAUUGUAGACAAUAUUGUAAAUAAAUAUAAUUCUGAUUUAGAACAGGGGAAUUAAAAAAACAAACUAUUAUUUAAUUUGAAGUAGGGAAUUUUCGAUAUAGAACGAAAAUUUUGGAAAAAGAUCUUUAAUUCUUAUUUAGCAGAAAUGAAUUAAAAAUUAUGCAUUUGAGUUUAGAAUUAUAAUACCCUUACAAUAUUCUCAAAUCCAAAUCAUACAUACCAUUCUUCCCAAUUUUAGAAAAAGGGAGUUACUAUAUUUCUCAAUUUUUUUAGAAAAUAUUGUAAAUAAAUAAAUUUUUCGCUUGGAACAAGGAUUUUUUGGAAAUAAAUUUAGAAAAAAAUCCCUUUUCAAGUUAAAAAUGAUCAUACUGGUUACAAAAUUCUCUGUUCCAAAACAGAAAUCUUUUAAAAUGUUUAUAAGUUUCCUGAAAUUUUUAAAAAUAGUGUGCAAUCUUUUGCAGUCUUUUAAGUUUUCUGGAAAAAAUUAAUAAUUGACCGGGAAUUUAAAAUCCUUGUUCACCUGGACACCCUCGCGUUUCUUUAAACGACUGCUUAAUCAAAAAGUUUACAAGAGAAGGAAUUUUGCUAGAAUAUAUUUACGGGAAUUUUCCUCAGGUUGAUAGGAGUUAUAUCGAAUUUGUUAAGGAUUAUUUGGAAGUAGGACCAAAAAUUUGAAUUUAAAUUCUGUGCUUCAGAGUCUCCUAAGACCCUUAUUAUCCACGAUUUUAAUAAUGUAUGUAGGCCAUUUAGUUUUCUAUAUCUAAUUACUUAUAUAAAAGGUCAUUCGGGAUUCAAAGGCAGAAAUUGAUAAUUGAAUUUAAUCAAGCUUUGUACAGACUAUUAAGAAAUAUGUAUUUUUGUCAUUAGAUGUGCUUUUUUCUUUUGAAAAUGUAUCCCGAAAGAGGGACUCUGGAGAUGGAUUUUCUACGAAUCCACUUCGAAUGUCAAUUAUAGAGAGAUUUUGCUCAUAAAGUAAAUAGGCACAACAAUUGGACCGAAUUUAAAAUUUAAAAAAUUAGGACGCGAUAGUCUAAUCUAGAGACAUAUCUUUAAAUUCAUCAUUUUUACACUUAAAUUUGACUUUGGAAUUUCAAACACAAGAAGUUUUAUACUCCUGCAGCAAUUUUAGGUUAAAAAUAUUUCAAAAAAUAGUACAGGAAUUGUAUUUUUUGCAGGAAAUUCGAUUAAAGUGACAUUCCGAUUCGCAUUAAAAAUACUGUGAUAAUAAAAUAAGAUUCAUGUAUAAUUUUGUUCCUUCUGCAAUAAUUUCGAUAAUAGAAAAAUGAGCAGCGUAUUUUUGAGAUAGCUUUCUCUAUAUAAACUAAUAUUAAAUACUCCAAGAUUUUAAAACUCAGCGUUAUUGCUCUUUGCUAAUCUUGAUGGUUGAAAACGAUUUUUACGAAUCUCUCUACAUUCCCUCAAAAUAUUAACGAUACAGUAAAAUCUAUAUCCGAAUUUAUCUGUUAUUUUAAUAAAUAUUUAUUGUCUA